AGGGGGUCCGCGCCGCGCGACGCCGGGCGCCGCCGCCCUGGCCGCCAUGUGCUCCCAGCUCUGGUUCCUGACGGACCGGCGCAUCCGCGAGGACUACCCGCAGGUGCAGAUCCUGCGCGCCCUCCGGCAGCGCUGCUCCGAGCAGGACGUGCGCUUCCGGGCGGUGCUCAUGGACCAGAUCGCCGUCACCAUCGUCGGCGGCCACCUCGGUCUCCAGCUGAACCAGAAGGCCCUCACCACCUUCCCGGACGUGGUGCUUGUACGGGUGCCCACACCCUCUGUGCAGUCAGAUAGUGACAUCACUGUCCUGCGACACCUUGAGAAGCUGGGCUGCCGCCUGGUCAACCGCCCACAGAGCAUCUUAAACUGCAUCAACAAGUUCUGGACAUUCCAAGAGCUGGCUGGACAUGGGGUCCCCAUGCCAGACACCUUCUCCUAUGGUGGGCAUGAAGACUUUUCAAAAAUGAUUGAUGAAGCUGAGCCCCUGGGCUACCCGGUCGUGGUGAAGAGCACACGAGGCCACCGGGGAAAAGCUGUUUUUCUGGCAAGAGAUAAACAUCACCUCUCAGACAUCUGCCAUCUGAUCCGCCAUGACGUGCCCUACCUAUUCCAGAAGUAUGUGAAGGAGUCCCAUGGAAAAGACAUCCGGGUGGUGGUGGUAGGGGGCCAGGUGAUAGGCUCUAUGCUUCGCUGCUCCACAGACGGACGGAUGCAAAGCAACUGUUCUCUCGGUGGUGUGGGCGUCAUGUGCCCACUGACAGAACAAGGCAAGCAGUUGGCUAUUCAGGUGUCCAACAUCCUGGGCAUGGACUUCUGUGGCAUUGAUCUCCUUAUCAUGGACGAUGGCUCCUUUGUGGUGUGUGAAGCAAAUGCCAACGUCGGCUUCCUAGCCUUCGACCAGGCAUGCAACUUAGAUGUGGGUGGGAUCAUUGCAGACUAUACCAUGUCCUUGCUGCCAAGUAGGCAGACUGGGAAGAUGGCUGUCCUACCAGGACUGUCAAGUCCCAGGGAGAAGAACGAGCCAGAUGGCUGUGCUUCAGCUCAGGGAGUUACAGAGAGCGUCUACACCAUCAACAAUGGGUCUACCUCUAGCGAGAGUGAGCCUGAACUGGGAGAGAUCCGGGAUUCCUCAGCAAGCACAGUGGGGGCCCCGCCCCCCAUGUUGUCCGAACCUGGCUACAACAUUAACAACAGGAUUGCUUCAGAGUUAAAACUUAAGUGAAUUCCUGCUUUUUGGCAGCAUUUAAACCAAAUCCCACUGCUUCCCUAGUAGUUGUGUGAAUAAAAUCUGGACUAAUGUGA